AAAACAUUUGCACAUAGUAUCAUGAUUCCUCUAGAAAGUGCAACAGCUAUUUUACCCAGGAUGCCUACAGGACGGACAAUAUCAGGCGAUUUUCCAUUGACAAUCAUCAAACCUCCCAUUGUUGAUGUCAGAUGCAAAGCAGGUCCAUCUGCAAUUUCCAGUCCUAUUAUCCGUCUUUUGCGGAGUAGAAAUCAAAGAAAGAAUAGUUCAGCAACCUCUGUACGUAGUAACUGCAGUACCGGGAGCGAAUGCCAGCAGUUCUUGCGGGAGAGAGAUGAUGUUGUUGAAGGGGGAAAUGGAGCACUGCAAAAUAUGCAAAUCAAUUCUGUGGUCUGCGUUCAUAAACAAACUUCUUGCACAUUACCUGAUAAUAUUGGCAACUGUCACGCGAUUUCUUCCAGUCGAGGACGUUUGAUUUCAUCUGCUAAAGAACGCAGUACAAGCUUACAGGACGAACCAUUUGGUGCUGGUAAAAUCAAUGGGGAAGAAAAACUACAGCCAUGUAGAACAUCAGUAAUAAAAAUCAAAGAUGAUGUAGAUAAUCCUGAAAAGCAAAUAAAAGAGAAGGAAAACUGUCAACAGAAAGAAAUUAAAAUAAACAGCAAUGAUCCUGUGGUAGACGAGAAAAAGGAGGAAACAUGUGACUCUUCUGUAGUGGAGAACAUUAAACACGAUGAUAAUGCUGCUGAAAUGGAAAUCAAACAGAAAGAGGGGAGUUCUUGUGAAAAGGCAAACAAAAGGGCUAGAAAAAAAUGUAGCAAAUCAAAAUCACCCAGGAAAAGAAGAAACUCAUCAAAAACAGCUUCAGGGGGGUCUGGAUUAUUCACCAGACUUGCCAACCUAAAUAAACAAAAGAAGCACCAAGGUCUUCAAUUAAAUUCCAGAGAGGAAACAACAAGGACAAAUUCACACCAAUCAAAACACAACUGCACAAAAUACUUAAGCGUACAAAAACUACAUGCAGCUUAUGCACCAAAGAAAGGCAACAAGAGUAAUCCUAAUGAGAAGAACAACGGUAACAGAAUCCUUUUACCUAAAGUAUCUAAUACCAAUUUACUUAAUAUUAAAUCAAGUUCAAGUACACCUUCUCCUGGGAAACAACAACAAGAAUUAGAAAAUACCUCUUCAUUUUCUUCUUUGUCAUCACUGUGGAAAUUAUGGAACUCUGAAGAUGAAAGAGUUAAGAAGAUAUUCUUAUCUGAAGCACACUCCCGAAUGAUUUCAGGAGUACCAUGUGCUCCACCUUGUACACCUUCAGUGGAUGAACUGAAGAAAGUGGAAUAUAUUCCUUCACUGUCAGACGUUAAGAGUCAAAGAUUGGUUAAAACAAGACUGAUAACAAUAGGAAAUAAAAUGAGAGCUGAAGAACAAAAAAGGAAAGAGAAGGCAGCAAAAGAAGAGCAGAAAAGAGCAUAUGGUGCAACUUUACAACUUAAACAAAGGCAGAGAGCUGAGAUUUAUGCCCUAAAUAAGGUGAUGACUGAACUGGAGAAUGAGAACUUCAGAAAGUUCAUGGAAGAACAUUCAGCGGAGACACUUCCUGUGUAAAGAUAAUAAUUAAUAUAAACUGACUCCAAUCAUUGGCCUUACCCACUACCUGUGUUAACUAGCUGUAGUAGAUAUUACUUCUCCAAAUUCUCGGUCAAUAUUGUUAAUUUUUAUAACAUGGAUGGAAGAAACAGAUAUGGUUACACAGCAGCAAAGAAUCCUUGGUCUCUUCAUGUCUUUUUUUUUUUAACAGUUUUUACCUCCUUUGUGAUUGGUAGUUUAGACUGCAAAGAAUUUUCACUUUGCAAAGAAAACAAGUAAAUAAUAAUACUGUCCACUCAGAUAAAAGGAAUACAUAUUUUUAUUGGUCAAUAUAUAUUUUUUUGGAAGACAGAUGAUAUUGAUGUGACUGUUUUGAAAGUUUGUCCUUUUCUUGUUAUUUAAUUAAGAUCUUACUAUUUACUACACCAUAACAAUAAUUAAAAAUGAUAUUUUUCUAGAUAGUUGCAAAAAGUAUGCCAUUUAAAUGUAACUGACUGUAAUGAUAAGUGUCAAUUCCACAAUUUUCAUGUGAGAACAUCUUCUUCCCUCCUUUUCUCAUGAAAAUGUGGGAAAUAAUUAAAUCUCUGUUUAAAAGAAAGCUUAACUGUGAGCUAUGCAUGCAUAACACCCAAAAUGAUAACUACAUCAUUCUGAACAAAAAUAACACCAUCAAGAAGUCGAAUUAUUUCAUUUUCCUUUUUGUAACUGACAUAAACACAUUACAAACAUGCAAUUUUUAUUUUUAGGUAAAUACUAUUUAUAGAUAUUUGUAAUUGUUGACAAAGAUGAAGCUCAACAGAUGCUCUUUUGAGGAUUUUUAUUUAUAGUAUCAACAUUUGCGGUGUUUUUUAAUAGCAUUAGUGCUGUUAGUUGUUAGAAAGUCCAAAUCCAGGAAAAUACACAUGUACAUGUAUCACUCACCUAUUGUGCGAUGUAUAUUUGCACCUUCAAUUCUCCGGUCAUUGUCAGUCAAUCUGCUAUCAGAUUAAAGUGUCUAAUACCUGUGACAGG